GAUGAUGUUUCUAUGCUCGAGGCUCCAACACACACUCCAUCCGACACAAAGCGCGCUUGCAAACAGGCAGAUCACGAUUUCCUCACCACAGAGAAUAUUCCCGCUUUAAUAAUAUUCGCCAUGGCGCCUUGACUCGUCCAGCAUGGCUCCGAGCAACAUCUCAAAUCGCUCCCUUCGUAAGCGGCCAAAAAUCUAGUGAGCACAAGAGCUGCUCGCGACGACUCGCGCAACAACACAUGGCGUACUGGAGCCUUGCGAUUCUGAUAUCUUCACUGGUAUACCUGGCCGCGAGACAUGGCAGAAGUGUAAUUGGAAUUUUGCCGCAGUGGUGGUCGCCACCGGAGCGGCGCGAGAUGGGACGUGGCAGUGAGGGGAAACCCGUUCGAUCAACUACUGGACAGCGUUCCCAGGAAGAGAUCAAAGCACCGAAAAUGGUUCAGGAUGUGGACGAGGAACUCGAGGGCGAAACCACUCCAAAGGCUUCCGCUACAGAGGACGAUGUCGCUAUUCCAGCCUUCACCCUGAAUGGAGAUUCGAGCCCACAACAGGCAAAACAGAGAGUGUUACCGCAGAGCGCUGCAACAUCGCUCUCGCACGACAUCCCCAAGCGUGUCGAACCAUCAUCACGCACUUCUACCCCCUCAAGCGCGCCGGGUGGCAAAGGCCUCAUGCCGCCGCCGGCUCGCCCAGCAUCCAUGCUGCCACCGAGCUCUACAUCUUCACUGCGGAUCCCAUCGAACGGGCCGCUACCGAACAGAGGAAUCCCAGCCAACAGCCAACAGCGUGUCAGCUCACUGUCACCAAACGGUGCCGUGGCGACUCCCAAUGCUCGAGGAAAAGUCCUGCUCGCCCCUGGACACUCACCCAUGGACUGGGCAGCGCUGACGCGCAAGGGCAAUCUGAGCGGCGUCGGCACAUUCCAGCGUGUGACACCCAGUCAGCUGAAAUCCAUGACGGGGCGUAAGGGGAAGCCGGCGUGGAGCAGCUGGCAGGGCAAGGUGUACAACAUCACGCCUUACAUCCCUUUUCACCCGGGUGGAGAAGCAGAAAUUAUGAAGGCCGCGGGGAGAGAUGGAACAAAGCUGUUUAUGGAGGUGCAUCCCUGGGUGAAUUGGGAGAACAUGCUGGGAACGUGUCUUGUCGGGGUCAUGGUGCCGGAGAGUUAUGGUGGCAACACGGCGAGCGCAACGGAGUCAUUAGAAGACAUAGACUAAAGGGGGAUAUGUCAGUUCAGAUGAGCGUUGAAUCAAGAAUCGUAGCGAUAAAUCACGAAUCGUUUGUCGAGAAGUGAAGUGCAGGCCAGGCCACGUGCUAGAAGAAGUGGUUGGAUUGUACUAUCUCCCUUACAACAAGCCUUGCCGAGCCUCGGACUUCAUUCAGGGCCUUCCUGCUAUACUAUAUAUUCAGUAGCUAGUACGCUAGAUGUACCAUCUCCCUCGUAACAAGCCUUAGAGAGCCUCGGACUCAAUUCAAGACCUGCUAUAAUAUAUAUCUAGUGGGUGUGUAGCCGCCUUGCCGCCAGGCUGGCGAGUCGGACGCACUUGCCCAAACGGUCUGCGACUGCGCACAGGCCAAC